CCGCGCCCGCGCCCACACCUGCCAUCAUUCAUCAUCGACCGACGUGCUGUAUCCUGAAGUCUACUGUACUGUGAUAUCCUGUGCAAGUACUGUCGUACCGUUGCUCUGCACACACGUCACGGUGCGCUGUGGUCCGAAACACCUGGGCAGCCUAGUUGCGCGUCCAGGCGUGCGAUAUCAUCGUCAGGCACGACUGCCUUAACCCCCUGCGUCCUCCCUCUUGGGCUCUCUCGCACGCGUUGGACGGCUCCGUGUCUCGCAUCUUCGUCCCAUGCCCCGUGUCCCACGCUCCUCGUCCUCAUCCUCAUUAGCGCCCCCAACGGCCGUGCAUCCUAGUUCCGCCUUCUGACAUCACUGGGGAACUCUGUCUCUGUUGUGUCUGGUCCCUUUGUCUCGUCUUCUGCUGCGACAAAACAAAACAAGAACAGUACAAAUUCGGGACCCCGCCCUCUCGGCCAGCACCUCCUGCGAACUCUUCAACCACCGUCUGCGCCCUGCAAGCUCCAGCAACGAAGAAUACAGGACUGCCUGCUUCUACCCUUCGCUCGGUCAGGAUCGAGACUUGUGCGGUGCAACCGAGGCCUGUGUCGCGAUGGAGUCGCCCGAGGAUCAGUGUCAACGUCUUCGUGACCCGGGCUUCGUGAACCUUGUGGUCUCCAUCAUUAUCGUCGUCGGCCUCCUCAUCUCGUACCUCCCCCAGCACUACCGCAUCAUCUCCCGCCGAACCUCGGAGGGCAUCUCACCCUACUUCGUCCUGCUUGGUACGACCUCGGCGACUGCGGGAUUCGCCAACAUCCUCACACAGCCCCAGAGCAUCCAAGAUGCCGGAUGCUGUAAGGAGCUCGAGACCUUCCAGUGCAUGGCCGGCGUCUUGGGCAUCGUGCAGCUCGGCAUGCAGUGGGUCUGCUUCGCCUUCAUAUUCGUCCUGUUCCUCGUAUUCUUUCGUUUCACCGAUGCCACCGUCCCCGAGGAGGAGCUUGAGGAUGCCGAGGAGGAGCCCAACUGGCAGACUGCGGUCAUGGUCGCUACCGUCGUCCUGGUCCACAUACUGCUCACCAUAGUGCUAACCGCCAUCUUCGCCCUCGCCCUGCCUACGCACCUCACUAGCUGGUCUGUGUUCAACGGCGUGCUGGCCGCGGGCCUCGCUGCUAUCCAGUACAUCCCACAAAUAACCAUGACCUAUCAUCUCAAGCAUGUCGGAAGCUUGAGCAUCCCCAUGAUGUGCAUCCAGACCCCUGGUGGUUUCCUGUUCGCCGCGAGUCUGGCCGCCAGGCUGGGCUGGGCUGGGUGGAGCACGUGGGGCAUAUACCUGUUGACUGCCGUCAUGCAAGGAAGUCUGCUCUGCAUGGCGCUGUACUACAUCUUCGCCGAGGGGUCGGGUGGCGAGACCGCUAGGCCCGGCGUUCGCCGCUCUCAUUCUCGUGUGUAUACUAAUGGCUUGGACGAGAACACGGCGACCACGUACUCGGGACACCCAGAGCAGUACGCCGUCUCCAACGACCAGCUGGGUGACAUCAUUGAUCGGCAGGAGGCUGCGGCAGCCGCUGAGAGGCAGCCGCUGCUCAAACCUGGAGGCAUCGGAAGCAGUAGUGAACGCUGAAGAGAACCGAAUCAAAUGUCCUUGUCACCUUACGCAUACCGCAUUAGAUCUGAUGACGCAUUCAUCGAAGGCCCUGCGAGCAAGCCAUAUCGUCCCAGCAGCGUGUUUCGGCGGCCAGGCACCAGGCGAACCCCCACACCAAAACACACAGACAGUGGGCGUGGAGCUGGGGAAGAACCACAAUCUGGUUCAAAGUUGCUGGUUUCGCAGCGCCUUGGACCAUCUGUCAGCUGCUCUGCCUUUGGGCUGGCCAGACUCUUGGGGUGAAAGUGAGUGCAGUGCCGGACGUUGGUGGGGGUAACUUUCUAUUCACACGAAUUAUCAUAGUAGAUGAUGCUUUGGGGCCUUUACAAAACAUUUAAUAAGACGUGAUAAAUUCUUCCUUGCCA